CUCUGGAAAGUGAAGGAGCUGGGCAGAGCUGGCAGGUCCCUAAGGAUCUUCGGAUUGCCCAGCCCGAUCAUCAGGCGUGCAGGCACUGUACUGGGAGAUGGGUUUGAGCUAGACUGGGGCUGAAGCUCCUGGCCGAGCUCCAGUGCGAACAGGCAGCAUGGAGAAGGUGGAAGCACGGACAUGGAGAGAUUUGGGGAUGGGGAUCGGGCUCGGCGGUCACUUCAUGGGGAAGAAGAGCGUCACAGGCUCCCCACACCUGGAGACUGCGGAGGAGCCUGCAGUGCCAAUGGUCUUUGGUCCCUCUCUCCGAGCCCUGCUGGAGGACAUGAUGGAACUGCUGACCCGCGAGCUCCUGAAAAUCCUCUUGCAAGAAAGGCUACUGGAUGAGAACCAAGGGAAAUAUGACCUCACUGGCCAGGAGACAGGGCUCUUAACAAAGGUGCUGGAGAAGUACUUUUCAAGCUGAAGAGGUGCACCAGGGGAGGAUGAGGUCUGCAGGGUCAGCUCUGUGUGGUGAACAGAGGAGAGCCUUGUCCUUGUGCGUUUCUAUAGCGGCAUCACUUUUAUUUAUUCUUUCUGAAAUAUUGUCCAUAGUGGUUGUGUGUGAAAAUGGAGCCUCCCUGUAUAGUUCCUGUAUGUUUUGUGUUUCCUUGAUGUCUGAUGUGUGAAUAAAGCUGGUUCUUUGCACAGA